AUGGAAACUGAAGUGACAACGAAAAGGACUUACACUGUUAAUAACAUACAUCCCUGUUAUGAAUUAGAUAAUACAACUUACACAUUUUCUAGAAAUCCUUCUGUAAUUUGUGUAUUAUUAUAUACUUUCCUUGGCUCAUUGUCUGUUUUCACAGUAUGUGGAAACCUUCUUGUAAUAAUCUCAAUUAUUUACUUCAAACAGCUCCACAUCCCUACUAACUACCUUAUCCUGUCUCUGGCUGUGGCUGACUUGCUUGUAGGAGUUUUAGUCAUUCCCUUCAGCAUGGCAUUCACUGUAACCGCAUGCUGGUAUCAUGAAAGUCUGUUUUGUAAAGUACGAGGAAGCUUUGAUGUUACACUGAGCACAGCAUCUAUUUUGAACUUAUGUUGUAUCUCUAUAGACAGAUAUUAUGCUGUAUGCCAGCCUUUGGCAUACAGAAGUAAAAUAAAUGAUUGUAUCACUGGGUUUAUGAUCCUGUUAAGCUGGGGAGUUGCUGCUCUAAUUGGAAUUGGCAUCAUAAUCGCAGGUUUUAAUCAAGGAAAAUGUGAAGAUAGUUGUUUAAUUGAUGCCCUUAUAUCUACUACUUUAGCAUGUAUUUUCUCAUUUUAUAUCCCAGUCAUAAUAAUGUUAAGUAUCUACCUGAAGAUUUUCCUUGUUGCACUAAGACAGGCAAACAGCAUCCAGAACACAACCUGUCAGAACACAAAGUCUGGAGAAACUGUCAGUAAGACGGAGAGAAAGGCUACUAAAACUCUGGCAGUAGUUAUGGGAGUUUUUCUCUUAUGUUGGACCCCUUACUUUCUUUGUAUCAUCUUUCAGCCUUUAAUGUACAGCUUAACACCAGUUGCUGUGAUUGAAACACUUAACUGGCUUACGCUGUCAAACUCAAUGCUCAAUCCUUUUAUUUAUGCUUUCUUUUACAGGUGGUUCAGGUCAGCGUUUAGAAUGAUAAUUUCAGGAAAAAUAUUCCAAGGUGAUUUUACUAACUCAAAACUCCUUUGA